AAAAUUCUCACGUUGGCAAAUCUGUUUAAUAAAAAUUGUAAACAUUUUUACAUCCACGUGCUUGUCGAAAAUCUAGAAAAAUGGUUGACGUAGAUACUGCAAGAGCCGUGUUACAAACUAGAGCCGAAGACUACGAAAAUGAUCAAACUUUGGAACAAAUGUGGGCUAUGAAAGCCUUCGAACAUGCUGAAAUAUACUUUAACAUUCUAUGCUCAGCGGAUCCUAAACUGUUACGUUUAACACCUCACGAUGAUGUUAUUUAUAAAUUAUUUCGCGAAGAAUUUCCCAAUUUAAAAAUUGAUGUUAUCGAUGAAGAUGAAAUGAAAAAUGAUGCUGGAAAAGCGAAAUGGAGACCAUUUUGUGAACGAUUUAAAAACUAUGUAGAAGAUUAUAGUUUUGGUACCUUACUUCGAAUUGAUUGUACAGAAGAUUAUACCGCUAAAAAUUCGAUUUUUUCGACACGUAUACAAUUUUUAGCUAUUGAAUUAGCACGUAAUCGCGAAGGAUAUAAUGAUUGUUUACGAAGUAAAUUUAAAAAUAAAACACCAAAUCUGGAAUAAAAUGAUAUUUAUAAUUUUUA